CGAGGUCAGUAUGUCUGAGACUGCUCCUGUCGCCGCGCCCGAUGUCGCCGCCGCCGCCCCGGCUCCCACUGCCAAGGCCGCCGCCAAGAAGCCGAAGAAGGCGACGGGCGGCUCCAAAGCCCGCAAACCCGCCGGCCCCAGCGUCACCGAGCUGAUCACCAAGGCCGUGUCCGCCUCCAAGGAGCGCAAGGGGCUCUCCCUCGCCGCGCUGAAGAAGGCGCUGGCCGCCGGCGGCUACGAUGUGGAAAAAAGUAACAGCCGCAUCAAGCUGGGUCUCAAGAGCCUCGUCAGCAAGGGCACCCUGGUGCAGACCAAGGGCACCGGCGCCUCCGGGUCCUUCCGGCUGAGCAAGAAGCCCGGGGAGGUGAAGGAAAAAGCCCCCAAGAAGCGGGCAGCCGCGGCCAAGCCGAAGAAGCCGGCGGCCAAGAAGCCCGUCAGCGCUGCUAAGAAGCCCAAGAAAGCGGUGACUGCGAAGAAGAGCCCCAAGAAAGCCAAGAAGCCGGCGGCCGCAGCGGCCAAGAAAGCCACUAAAAGCCCCAAGAAGGCGACUAAGGCAGCCAAGCCCAAAAAGGCAGCGGCAGCCGCGAAGAGCCCGGCCAAGGCGAAGGCGGUGAAGCCCAAAGCAGCCAAGCCCAAGGCAGCGAAGCCCAAAGCGGCCAAGGGGAGGAAGGCGGCGCCCAAGAAGAACUGCCGGGCUCAUAACAGCGCCUCUCACCGCGUUACGGCUCAUUUCUGCACAUCUCCGCGGGAAAACAGCAUCCAGUUAGCCGCAAGAAAGCGGUGCUAGCCCGAAGUCUCCGUGGAGGUUGGGCAGCGCCCACGGCACCCUGGCUCUCCGGGAAGGAGGUGGGUGGGUGCCGCGGCUCCCAGUCCUUUCUCUCCCCUCAGCCGCGGGACAAAGAACCGCGCUCCCGCCCGCCCCCCGGGGAGCUGCUGAUUUCGAAAAGCCCGCCCUGCACAGGGAUUGGCCGUGACUCUCGGCUUUGUUCUGGGGCACAGCACUUUUCGGGUUAAACUGUCCCUUCGCUUUUUUUUUUUUUUUUUUUUUUUUUUGCCCCCCUUUGCUCGGCGGAAGAGGCUUAUGAACUUCCUGGGUACGUGCUCGCCUGCCAUCAGCCAGCGGCUUUUUUACUCUCAGUCUACUUCUGUUCCUUGGGAACUCGUCCCUUCUCUGGAAAUCGUAGGGUGAAGGGGGCCCGAAAGGCACGGGUGUUCCGAGCUGCCUUUUGAGCGCUCCUGGUUGCUGCCCGCCGCUCUUUGACUCCGGUGCCCAACCUCUUGAGCCUUAAAGCCGCCGGGCUCGGUUUUUAGCUGGGUUCCGGAGGCCUCAUUUCGACAGCGGAGACGUUCGGAGGCAGCGCUGGGCGCGGUAGGAACCCGCGGGGGUCGAAGCCUCCGUCGCCUCGGCCCCCGCCUGCCCUCCAACCCUGCAGCCUCCUCCUUUUCGCAGGGCCUCGACCAUCUCCCCCUUCCGUCGCCUUAACCGUGUUGAAGCGAUGCCCAUCCCAUUCCUGGGCGCCAGCAGGGAGAAGCAGUGGGGAAAAAGUGGAGGGGAGGUGGGGGGACAGGCCCGUUUCCUCCCUUUAGUCACAGCGCUGGUACUAAAGAGAAAGGGGAAUUUCGUGGAAUUGCCUGCUGAGCUCUCCCUAAGGACAGCUGAUCUCAAGUUCGUAGCUGUUCCACGUAUCUGAAGUGAUUGCUCAAAAUGGGGUCCUUGCAGUUUGAAGGACAAAUUAUGGGAUCAGAUUUCAUAAUAUUUCUGUUUUUGCAAAGACUGUCCAUGUCCUAAGUUGCUGUAUUAAACAGAAAAAAAAAAAAAAACACAAAAAACAAACGGGUAAUAUUUAAGGAACAGGGCUUGAAAAAUGCUGUUCUUACUUUUCCUCUGCAUUCACUUUUAGGGUGCUUUUCAGUCCUUGCUUGGGUUUAUGACCUUUUCCUCUAUAAAACAUAAAGGCCUGCAUAGAUACUCAA